UGUGUGUUGUAUUCUGGAAGGAGUAUUAUUUAUUUGAUAAAUCUAAAAAUGAAACGAUUGGAAUGUGAAAUUAGUGCAAGUUUCAAGUGUUCUAGUUAACAUGUACAGCGAAAAAUGCAAGAUGAGAGGCAAAGUUCAAAUAUAGUCGAGACCGUCGGCUGCUUUUAUUACAAUCUAAACUAUUGAAUACUAUUUUACCAUGAAAUUUUCAACAAUAAAAAUUUGGUGAAAAUUCGCCAAAACGCUAUGGAUUUGUUAGUAGAUAAGUGGCAGUAAACAAGGGCAUUCAUUUUUUUGAUGCCUUUAGUAAUAGGCUAACAUGAAUUCCAGACCAAACUCUGGUUCUAAAACAGGACAUAGACGAGUCGAGUCUGAAGGUCACCAUCGUCAUAAUUCCUCAAGUUCAGGUCACAAGAGAUCAGAUUCUGGUCAAAGUAUAUAUUCUGAAAAUUACGGUGAUAAGAGACAUGGCCAUCAUAGGUCAAAAUCUGGAGUUAAUGAGAGGGAUCAAGAAAGGAAUCAGGGAUUAGCAAACAAGGUUGAGUUUCAUUCAUCCCAAGGUCUUCAUGCAGGGGGACUUCAAUCUAAUCGUCCAACAUCUUUAUUUCCAUUAAAGUCAAAUGACAGUGGAUUAGUAGGACCAGACACAAUUCAGCCUGAAAGAGAACCUAUUAAAUUUGAGGUCAAUUUAAUAGGUGCCCCUCCAGAAGUUAAACAACUUGUUUGCAAUAUUAAACAAGUUGCUGAACAGUUCCUUUAUCAUUGGAAAACAUUUCCAAUUAUUCUACCUAGUCCCUUGUCUCAGUGUGACUCCUUUCCAACAUCUCAAGUUUCAUCAGACGGUUCAUUGGCCAGAUGUAAGAACAAAUUUCAUCUCAGGGACCUUUUUAUUGCUCCUUCAUUCGAUGAGCUCGACGCCGUUGCCGUGGAUAAUAAAGGCGAACCAAGAAGGCUUAGCGGAAAGCAACUCGAAUAUAUUAAAGAAAGAGGCUUGCACAAGGAUAAAUUUGGAAAACCGAAAAGGUUGAACCAGGAACAACUUGAAAGUAUUAGAUUACACGGCGAGUUCGAAGUCGAAUCGUUUAAUUUCCCCGGGCAACAGCAUCGGUGGAGACUUUCGCAGCUCCUUCAAAAGGGUCGAGAAAAUAGUCACAACUCCUUGUUAAACGAUUUGGCGUUAGCUCUGCGCUUUAUAUUCGUAACCGCCAGGGGGCGGUUGUUCUCCCACUUUUUUAGCGUUACCCAGGCAACCAAGGCUCUGCUUAUCGGGCUUCUUAGAAUUUUAGACAUCGUUAUCGGUAUUCCGAGUUUGCAGGCGCAUAAUUUAGAUGCUAAAAUUAGGGAAGAGAGGAGCAAGUAUCUGGUCGCCGAAUUGUUAUGUCGCUCCGAGAAUGAAGAUUCCUUGGAGAUAUUGUGCUCUUACAUUAAAAAGCAAUUGAGGAGAGCGGUGACGGAAAAAUUCGAAGUAGCGCGGGAGUGUAGCCAGCCGCCCGUAGCGUUACCUUAUAGGUUUUUAACGCCCUCCGGAUCUGAAUUAGAUUUAAGAUUAUGGGACCGCGGUUUGAUGCGCAAAGCGCUACCAAUUCUCGUGGCCAUAUUGGAAAAAGAGACCAGGGGAUGGUUCUUGCAUUUUCGUGAAAGACUGAUUGCCGAAUUGCGGGCCCAAAAAAUGCCCGAUGAAGAUAUCGAAAAAGAGGUAAACGACGCGGUCAUGAGGGAAUACCUGCAGAGGGUCUACGAUAGUAUAACGUCGAAUGCGGACAUUGCGGCGUUAGGUACCGGCAUUGCUCAAUUACUCGUACAACAAGCCCAAAGCGUAGUAUUAAUGCACAGAGCAGUCGAGAACGUGCAACAUCGACUGCAAAAAACUCAGGAAGAAGUCAAAAAUAGGCUUCGCAGUUUCCAUCCAAUUUUAUCUAGAAUAGAACCUUGGUUAAGGGCUAAGUUAAGAAGUUCGGAACAGAAGUUUGGCGUCGAAAACCAGUGGUGUUCGCACGAAGAAGCCCUCGCGUUGUGCAACUCCCAGAGGUUGUAUCAGACUGUUUAUUUUCUCAACAGGGAUUUGGCAUUUAUGAAGGAGAGGGAACCAGCUUUACUAAGAGAGCUGAAAAAAGUAAAAACGCCGACAAGAACAUUCCUCUGGCCCACCCAGAUAUGGCUGCCAUCGAAUUGGAUUGUCAGGCGAAAUUUUCAGGGCCAAUCGGAAAUCAUUCCGACGGUGUUGAGCAAGCAAGCGACCAGCAUAACUACUCCGCGAUCGGAUCCGAGCCAACCUGUUUUCCUUGUUGAGAAGGAAAUCGUAAGAACCAACACCACCCGGUGGCCGUUGUGGAGGAUUUUCAAUUACUUUCACAGAACGUGGUGCUGGACUUGGAACGCGAUGUUCUUUUUCGGGAUCGUGUUGCCUUGGUGUAGCCCGGUGGGCGUGAGGGCUCUCCUGCUUAUAGAACCCUUCAUGCCCGACUUGGAGCUUUCUCAAGUGAACGGCACCCUGUUCCCUAGGAAAUCCAGCUUGACCGCCACUUUAUCUUCCCGACUAAUUACGCUCUGGCGGCACAUAUCGAAAUCGAGGACGCAUUUCGAAACGAAACCGGACACCGGGUUUAUCGGGAAAGGCUUCACCCGUCACGUGAAUCGCGUCUGGAAUUAUUUCGUGAAAGGACUGUUCGGUACCAUCUGCCUGGUGGUAAUUUUUCCGUUGGUUUGUUUGACCGUUAUCUUCACGAGCCUGAUUAUUGCCGCGAGUACCGUGGUGUGGAUGCCCGUUUUGACCUUGUUGGUCCAAGUGCUGAACGCCCUGAUUUACGACUUGGACAGUCCCGAGCCCAAGAGGAACCGCUUUUUCGUUAUAUUCGAGGCGUUGCUUUGGAACAUUUGCAUCCAGGGCCUGAUACAGCCUUUGGCGGCCGUAUUCCUCGCCGCCGUCGUCUGUCCGAUCGUUUUCGUUAUCAUCCUCACCGGCGGCAUCGUCAGGUAUUGGUCGAGGUUGCUUUGGGAUGCGACCAUCUUCCAUUUGAUCAUCAAAAAGCGAGGCAGGAUACCGGCCUCCGACAGUUUCGUCGUUAAGAGGGUAGCGGGUCCCGGUCUCGCUUCCGAUUAUUACUUCCAAAUAACGCCGGAGCAGGCGCUCGCGGCGUUCGAGGCGAAAAUGGAGUGGGACGAGCUGACCGCUUACCAAACGGUUCUCGAAAACGUCAUCGUGCAGCCGCAAAAGGACUUUGCGCAGUUCGUCGAGGCCUGUUUCGGCAGUUUCUCGGCGCAGCUCUCCAAGAGCGGUCCGUACAAGAAUCUGGAAAAGGAAGCGCAGGACCUGUUGGCCGCGUUACACGAGAAAUUGGAGAGGAGACGGAGAGAUUUGCAGAGCGGGCUGAGCGUGACGGUGAAGAGUAAGAUCAAGCUGACCACGUUGGAAUUGAAGAUCGCCAUACAACAGGGCGCGAUGAUGUUGGAGAAGUUUUAUCCGAAUCACGUGCUGCAGCGGCUCUGCUGCACGGAGGAGGAGUUCUGGGAUGGCAAGGCUUUGAGCACAGGCGAUUGGGCCGGUUUGGCCGCCCUACUUUAUUCCGAACUGUUUAGCUUGGACUUUCUCACGCCUCUGGAUCACACGAAUACGACGUUCAAGCUCGAUCCGCACCCGCAGGCGGAUUUGAGCAGGUACACCGAUAUGGUCCAGUGUGCCCAACUAGGCGCAAACGGCCCAGACUUACUCGGAAACGUGUACACCCCAAGGGGCAAUAUACAAGUGCACUCCCCGUAUCUGGAAGUGUCCGCAUUUAACCCCAGGGCAAAACAAUCGGCUACCGGCAAAAAAGCGGAAAAGAAAAUGGAAUGUGCGACACCGUUAGGGUCAUUUCGGAAUACGAGGACGACAAUAUGGAUGCCCUGGAAAAGGAAUUGUCACCCAUACUCUCCUGACAAGAUGAUUAUUCCACUACCGGUUCCGCAUCCUGCUCAAAUAGCCGUAACCAUAUAUAACCGCGAUUCUGACGAACCCAUAUCCUUGGAAUCGGACAUAUGUCAGAGCAUUUUGAGGUGCAUCGAAGAAUGUCACAUUUCUCCCGAUGAUAGCGGUAUUGGGCGGUUUAAAGGAGGAGCAGAUUCGUUCGGAACGGUAAGUUCCAGUUCGGGUACCCUCGACAGGGUGGACGAAUCGAAUCAGUCCCAAUCAACGGAUGGAGUUUACCAGUGGACGCUGAGUAAUUGGGGUCAGCGGAAACGCAACAAUUCCGGCAGCGUUCGGGUGGAUCUCGCGAGUCCAGAGGACGUUACUCUGGAUAGCGAUAGCACUAGGGUUGUAUUCAGCACAUAUGGGACGACGGUCUGAUAAGCUGCUGUUAUGAAUAAUUAUUUUGUGCUCUCUAUUUGUUCGCUCAUGUUUAUUUAUGUGGGCUGAUGUGAGCAUGGAAAUGUGAUAUUUUUAAAAAUUCUAAGAUGGACGUUUGUGAGAAUGCAAUCUUUUUCGUUUCUUUUUUUCCCUCGUAUAUAGUCCACCGUGAAAUUCUCAAAAUGUGUUUUUGUGCCUUAAAUGUUCAACGGUCUGAUCUCAUUGAAUUGAAUAUUAUCGAUUAUUGUAGUGUUGAAAAAAAAAGCUAAUUUUGUUGCCGCCUAGCGAAUACGAUACUGUUUUUCUCGUUUUGGUUAUUGUAUUCUCAUAAAUAUUCCUCUAUAAUAUAUAUUUAUGAUUAUUAACAUGACAAGGAAAAGACCUUCUAUAAAGUUGACUCCCUUUUGAUAAAAUUUCAUAAACAAGACUCUAAUUACGCAAGUCAAACUUUGAAUAUUAAAAUUAAAAAGAAAAAUUAAUUUAGUUAACUAAGUAUAUAAAAAACAUAUAGGGUUGUAAUCAUAAUGAAUCGGGAGCUACAUUAUAGAAGCGCUUAUUAUUAGUGUUGUGCUUAAAUAUGCCAAGGUAAGAAAAUUAUUUUAGACCUUUUUUGUUUUUAUUAUGUUUUAUUGUUUAACAAAUUGAAUUUAUUAAUCCAAUUAUUUUUUUCUAGCAAAGUACGUUUUACUUCGAAAUCAAAAUAUACAUGUAGAUGAUACUCGACAGCUUUAAUUUCUCUAGUGAUUUUUUAUAAUUUUUUUUAUUAGAAAGGGAUUGUUUGUUAUACGAUCGAAAUACAUUAUUUUAUAAAUAAUGGCUGAUUCCUAGGUGUGGGAAACUGAUCCGCAGCAGCUUAGUUGCUUCGUUUUGAUUUAAUUUUAAUAGAGUUAAUAGAUAGAUAAUUUUUUUAAAUAAAAAACUAUCUAAAAGUUUUCAACAUGAAGCAAUUGCCUCAUUUCGAAGGCAGCGUCAACGUUGUUCUAAAAAAUAUUGCGGAUAUCAAAAUUGCAUUGCAUUAAAUUUGUUUUUAUAGAAGACGUCGUCCCUUUUCGCAUAUUUCUUAUAGAAAGUCUUGUAAGCUGCUUAGUGUGAAUAAAACAAAUUUUAAUAAGAUACUUAUACAUAACUUUAGCGUAAAGUAAGAUUUAUAAAGUAGAACAGAUUUGCAUAAUAGCAAUUUUAUAGACAUUUUUCAUUAUGCAAAUAUUUUUGUCCGACUGCACUAAAUCUUUUGUGAAACAUUGAUAAAUCGAAAACGCCAGUCAUAGAUCUAAGUAAUAUAAGAUCAAUUCUGUAAUUAAAAGAUGAAAUUCUAUAAUAGAGUGUCAUUUAUUCACGAUUUUUUAACGCGGCGGUUUUUGGUUGCAAAUUCAAAACUUUUUUGUGUUGAUAGUUACAUUGCUAGGCAAUUUAAAAAAAUACCUACACAUCAAAAGAUUGUUGAUGGUUUAUGGCAAACUAAAGUGUAAUUUUUGUAUUUUUUGUCAGUACCGUUUUCUUUUUUUUUUGUGAGCUCAUUAAAGAAAUCAAUGUUAGAAAGGCAAAUUUUAGCUUUGGGUAGUUUGCCCAAGAGAACCUUUUUUUAUUGGUAUUUUGCUUAAAAUAUGCUUGAAUCGGUUAACAAUCUUAUCGUGGAUGACAUUGUGUUUCCAAAUUAUUUGACAGUUUCGAUAAUAAUUUUCGUAUUUGUCAUUUUUUGUUUUUGUAGUAUUAAUAUCAAUAAGUAGUGUACCAAUAAACAAAUUGCUUUAAUAAGUAUUCCUGGAUAACUGGUCUAUAAAACACUUGCUGUACUUCGAGCACAAUGAAACAUAUUUUAAAGACUUUAUUAUCCACAUAUACUUUAAUAUAUUAUUCUAAUCCAUCGUUAUAUUUUAAGUUGUAUGUUACAACUAGUCAAUUUUGCUAUCAAAUAUUUUUUUGUAUCACAUCAUUUGCCCGAUUUUGAUUAGGCAUGCGAUGAUUUAAUUAGACGAAGCGACUAUAAGUUUAAAUGAAUAUAAAUUAUUAUUAUAUUCAAUUUUCUCUAUAUGAUUUUAUGAAAGUAGUGGGUCAAAAAUAACGAGAAUCAAGAACGAGAUGUGAGCAUCCUUUUAAUUCGUUUAAUCUGUGUUUGCAGUACCUUGUGCUAUUAUGUAUUCUUUUUUAUGAAUAUAUUUUAAGUA